CCCCACGACCCUGCGCGGCGCCGCCGAGGGUGCGUUUGACUGACAGGCAGCGGUGGCUCGGUAGCGAAGGCAGGUCCCUGCCGAGGCCUCUCACUCCAGCUGGCCCCCGCCACCCCCGUCGCUGUCCACAGAGAAUGCGGGUGUUGGCUGCUUCCUGGGGGAGUCGCGGAGCUUGCAGGUGAGACCAGGCCAGAAUGGGGGACACCAGGGACCUCUGCCCUCACCUUGACUCUAUAGGGGAGGUGACCAAAGAUGACUUGCUGCUCAAAUCUAAGCAGGGAGCCUGCCAGUCAUGUGGCGUUUCUGGGCCGAACCUGUGGGCCUGCCUCCAGGUCACCUGCCCCUACGUUGGCUGCGGAGAGUCCUUCGCUGACCACAGCACCAUUCACGCGCAGGUCAAAAAGCACAACCUGACCGUGAACCUGACCACGUUCCGGGUGUGGUGUUACGCCUGCGAGAAGGAGGUGUUCCUGGAGCAGCGGCUGGCGGCCCCCCUGCCCGCCUCCUCUCCCAAAUUCUCCGAGCAGGACCCUCCACUGCCCUCCCACCCUCUGAAAGCUGUCCCCAUUGCCGUGGCCGAUGAAGGGGAGUCUGAGUCAGAGGAUGAUGACCUGAAGCCUCGAGGCCUCACGGGCAUGAAGAACCUCGGGAACUCCUGCUACAUGAACGCUGCGCUGCAGGCCCUGUCCAACUGCCCGCCGCUGACCCAGUUCUUCUUGGAGUGUGGAGGCCUGGUGCGCACAGACAAGAAGCCUGCCCUGUGCAAGAGCUACCAGAAGCUGGUGUCUGAGGUCUGGCACAGGAAACGCCCAAGCUACGUGGUUCCCAGCAGCCUGUCCCACGGGAUCAAGUUGGUCAACCCGAUGUUCCGAGGCUACGCCCAGCAGGACACCCAGGAGUUCCUGCGCUGCCUGAUGGACCAGCUGCACGAGGAGCUCAAGGAGCCGGUGGUGGCAGCAGCGGCGACCCUGGCGGAGGCUCGGGAUUCGGACUUGAGCGACACAGAUGAGAAGAGGGAGGGCGACCGGAGCCCAUCAGAGGACGAGUUUCUGUCCUGCGACUCGAGCAGCGACCGGGGCGAGGGCGACGGGCAGGGCCGGGGCGGGGGCAGCUCGCAGGCCGAGGCAGAGCUGCUGGUCGCUGAGGAGGCGGGCCGCGCCAUCUCUGAGAAGGAGCGGAUGAAGGACCGCAAGUUCUCCUGGGGCCAGCAGCGCACUAACUCCGAGCAGGUGGAUGAGGACGCGGACGUGGACACUGCCAUGGCCGCCCUUGACCGCCAGCCCAUGGAGGCGCAGCCGCCCUCGCCGCGGUCCGCCAGUCCCUGCCGCACCCCAGAGCCCGACAACGAGGCCCACAUGCGUAGCACGUCCCGGCCCUGCAGCCCCGUCCACCUCCACGAGGGCCACACCAAGCUACCCAGCGGCCCUCCUCGCGCGAGCCCCGUGAGGAUGGCGCCGUCAUACGUGCUCAAGAAAGCCCAGGUGCUGAGCGCUGGCAGCCGGCGGCGGAAGGAGCAGCGCUUCCGCAGUGUCAUCUCCGACAUCUUCGACGGCUCCAUCCUCAGCCUGGUGCAGUGUCUCACCUGUGACCGGGUGUCCACGACGGUGGAGACAUUCCAGGACCUGUCACUGCCCAUUCCUGGCAAAGAGGACCUGGCCAAGCUCCACUCGGCCAUCUACCAGAACGUGCCGGCCAAGCCGGGCGCCUGUGGGGACAGCCACACGGCCCAGGGCUGGCUGGCCUUCAUCAUGGAGUACAUCCGACGGUUUGUGGUAUCCUGUACCCCCAGCUGGUUUUGGGGGCCCGUCAUCACCCUGGAAGACUGCCUCGCCGCCUUCUUCGCCGCCGACGAGCUGAAGGGCGACAACAUGUACAGCUGCGAGCGCUGUAAAAAGCUGCGGAAUGGGGUGAAGUACUGCAAGGUGCUGCGGCUGCCCGAGAUCCUGUGUGUCCACCUGAAACGCUUCCGGCACGAGGUGAUGUAUUCGUUCAAAAUCAGCAGCCACGUCGCCUUCCCCCUCGAGGGACUUGACCUGCGCCCUUUCCUCGCCAAGGAGUGCACAUCCCAGAUCACCACGUACGACCUCCUCUCGGUCAUCUGCCACCACGGCACAGCAGGCAGUGGCCACUACAUCGCCUACUGCCAGAAUGUCAUCAACGGGCAGUGGUAUGAGUUCGAUGACCAGUACGUCACCGAGGUCCACGAGACGGUGGUGCAGAGCGCGGAGGCCUACGUCCUCUUCUAUAGGAAGAGCAGCGAGGAGGCCGUGCGGGAGCGGCAGCAGGUGGUGUCCCUGGCCGCCCUGCGGGAGCCCAGCCUGCUGCGGUUCUACGUGUCCCGGGAAUGGCUCAACAAGUUCAACACCUUCGCCGAGCCGGGGCCCAUCGCCAACCACACCUUCCUCUGCUCCCACGGGGGCGUCCCGCCCAACAAGUACCACUACAUCGACGACCUGGUGGUGGUCCUGCCCCAGAACGUGUGGGAGCACCUGUACAACAGGUUUGGGGGCGGCCCUGCCGUGAACCACCUGUACGUGUGCUCCACCUGCCAGGUGGAGAUCGAGGCUCUGGCCAAGCGCAGGCGGAUUGAGAUCGACACCUUCAUUAAGCUGAACAAGGCGUUCCAGGCUGAGGAGUCACCGGGUGUCAUCUUCUGCAUCAGCAUGCAGUGGUUUCGCGAGUGGGAGGCCUUUGUCAAGGGCAAGGACAAUGAGCCCCCCGGGCCCAUCGACAACAGCAGGAUCGCGCAGGUGAAAGGCAGCGGCCACGUCCAGCUGAGGCAGGGCGCGGACUACGGGCAGAUCUCCGAGGAGACCUGGGCCUACCUGCACAGCCUGUACGGCGGCGGCCCGGAGAUCGCCGUGCGGCAGAGCGUGGCCCAGCUGCAGGACCCGGACGGCCUGCAUGGGGAGCAGAAGAUCGAAGCUGAGACCCGGGCCGCCUGACACUGGGCUGGUCUGUGAGUCCCCUUCUCCCUGUGCAGAGACCCCCUGGUGUCCCCUGAGUGCUGGCCCCCGAACACACCUUCCGUGAGGCCGUUUGGAAGGACCUGGGUUGGGCCCCACUGGGCCAGGUGACCCGGUGUCCCCACGGCCCCGGCCUCCGCCCCCCUCCCCACAGAGGAGGCGCCUGUCCCUGGGAGGGAGGCCGGCACCAGGGAGCCCAGGCCUGUGAUGAGGCAGGAGAGCCGCCAGCCUCCCGCAACAGCGCCGGGCUGGGGACCGAGCCCACCCGGGGGACCGUGGGCCGGCUUCGAUGGCCGAGGCUGCACGGCCUGGACUUGGGUCUUUGUCCCGGAAGCGCCCACACGUCACUGCUGUCGUCUGGUUAUCACGCCCCCCAACUUCUGUCCUCUUGCUAGCUCAGGCCCAGCUUCUGUCCCCACGCUCUCAGCUGGGCUGUGGCCUUGGGACAGAGGGUUGGGAAAAGCUGUUGCUUCCUGGGCGUCUCCUGCAGGCGCCCGGCCCGGCCCAGCCCCCGAGACCCACGGGCCAGCAGGGUGCCCAGCGCUGCGUCACUGAGGCCCCGCUUCCCCCUGGCCCCCUGCGGUCACCCAAAGGCUCCUGAACCCUGAGUGGGCGCUCUGGUUUUUUGGGGACUAAAGACGCAUCCGACACUGGGACUGGAGAGGGAGCUGUUUCGGGGGGCAGCUGGUCUCCUGUCACCCUGUGCUGUGGCGCUGGCCCCCACUGGGGAACCGACGACGAGACAGAAAUACCUCACGUUGCUAGUGUGUGCGCGCCGGCAGCUUCUGUGGGGGCUGACCUCUGGGAAAGCACCGCCUGCCCACAUGGCCCAGCCUGCAGAGCCCUGCGCCUGGAGGUGUGGCCCCGGGCAGCCGUCACCCCGAGGGCCUGCAAGUGCAUCUUCUGGAUGCUGAGUGAGGCCACUGCUGGGGCCCCAGGACCACCAAGCACCGCUUCCGCGGGCACCGAAGCCCCGGGACGACGGCCGGGGCGGGCUGCUUCCCUCGUCAGGGCCAAAGUGAACGUGGGGCUGGGGCAGGGGGUCCUGGGACCAAAACCCCCAGAUGCUGUGGCCCUCGGUCUUGGGAGAAGCAGCUGUUGCAGAAAUUCCAGCAGAUGGCGCUGGCAGAGCCCCCCCGAAGCUGCGGCAAUGUGCCGCCCAGGCCUGUGACCUCGGCCUACCGGGACCUGGUACCUUCCCCGCUGAUGCAGCAUGCGACCGCAGAACAAGCCACUGCUGGGAUUUUGUGACAUUUACUGCAGUCUUUUGAAAGCUACUGCUGCAGCCGCGGUGACCUGGGUGUGACGUGGAGACGCCACCGUGCAGGCUGGAAUCUCGCCCACGGCUGUGCGGUCCUGUCUGGGUUCGGGAUGGCAUAAUAAAUCCACACACGU